CGGGAGCGGCGGACAGCGGGAGCGCGCGGGGCUGACAGCUGCGGGAGCGCGCGGCAUUGGCGGCGGCGGCCGGGCACCGGGAACCGACGCUGUCCAAGCGGCGGCAGCAGCGACUCUCUCCCACCGCACUGUGCGACCGGUCGCAUCGUCAGGGUGGGAAACAUUAAUUUGUCGUGUAUCAGAGACACGGGCAGAAACUGUUAAGAGUGAAACCAACCAGGACGUUAAUCCAUUAAAGUUUAUUCAAGAUGAAAAACAGUAUUGAACACUUAAAUAAUGCUUCGCACGAAGAUAAAACUGCACAGGCAACUCUGAAAUUGUCAGAGUCACAGGACUUCACAGACAAGGCAAAUACCAUAGAUUUGCCGAUAGAAUUGGAUGAAACUACCCUCUUGAAUAAGAACAGUGAGAGCAAUGAACCGACCCGAAAGCAUCAUCGUAAACUCUGGAAGAUAUGUGCCUGCCCACCACAAGGAAUCAUUGCCAGCGUACUAACAAAGGUGAUUAUGAUGAUCCUGCUGUGGGCUGUUGUCUGGUCAAUUACGGGACCAGAGUGCCUCCCUGGUGGUAAUUUAUUUGGAAAUCUGAUUCUAUUUAUCUGUGCAGUUCUGGGAGGGAAGCUGGUUGGAAUGAUCAAAUUCCCGAAUUUGCCUCCACUACCACCUCUUCUAGGAAUGCUACUUGCUGGAUUUGCUCUCCGAAAUAUUCCCGUUGUCAGUGAAGCAAUUUACAUUGACUACAAGUGGUCAUCAUCCUUGAGAAGUAUAGCGCUUGCAAUUAUUCUUACCCGAGCCGGACUUGGGUUGGACGCAAAGGCUCUUCGGAAAUUGAAGGCUGUGUGCCUGAGGCUGGCAUUUGGCCCUUGUCUUAUGGAAGCUGGUGUUUGUGCUGUUCUUGGACACUACCUACUGAAGCUGCCCUGGGCUUGGAGUUUAAUUCUAGGGUUUGUAAUUGGUGCAGUUUCGCCUGCUGUGGUGGUCCCAUGCAUGUUGCUACUGCAGAAGGAACGCUAUGGUGUUGAGAAGGGAAUCCCAACACUACUAAUGGCCGCAGGCAGCUUUGAUGAUAUCCUGGCCAUUACAGGCUUCAACACGUGUCUGGGGAUAGCCUUUUCUUCAGGUACCAUGCUUUCCAAUAUACUCCGGGGAUUCCUUGAAGUUCUCAUUGGCAUGGCAGCAGGAGCUGCUAUUGGAUUGUUCCUUAGGUAUUUUCCUAGCCGGGAUCAGGAAGAUCUUGUGAUGAAGCGUUCCUACCUCCUCCUGGGUUUGGCUGUGUUUGCAAUCUUUGCUACAGGACUCUUUGGUUUCCCUGGUUCUGGAGGGCUCUGUACCAUUGUCAUGGCCUUUCUUGCAGGAGUCGGAUGGGUGGAUGGCAAGGGAGGAGCGGAAGGUGUCACUGCCAACGCCUGGGCCAUUUUUCAGCCAUUGCUGUUCGGACUGAUUGGAGCAGAAAUAUCUGUCACCUCUUUAAAUCCAUAUACAGUAGGCCUGGGAAUCGCCACUCUCUGCGUAUCUCUUGUAGUCAGAAUCUUCGUAACAUUUUUAAUGGUAAACUGCUCUGGAUUUAACAUGAAGGAAAAAGUUUUUAUUUCCUUGGCUUGGGUUCCCAAAGCAACGGUUCAGGCUGCCAUCGGGUCUGUGGCUUUGGACAUGGCGCGGAUCCGCAAUGAGAAGACGGCGGUGGAGUACGGGAUGUGCGUUCUGACCGUGGCCUUUCUGGGUAUCCUGAUCACCGCUCCCAUCGGAGCCGUCAUCAUCGGCCUGCUGGGUCCAAAGCUGCUGCAGAAAGAGAGGGAGCAGGGAGCAGAUGAUGCAGGUACAGAAUCACGGACCGUUUUAACAAGUGAUCCUGGAGAAGGGAUAGAAAACGACAUUGAGGUCUGAAGCGCUCACCUGUUGUCCGACUAUUCUUCCAAAACAUUGUCUGCUUAGAGUUUGAACUCAGAUUUGAUUCCUGGAAAUAGUUCUGAAGACACUGGAGGAAAUGGGUUUUAAAAUGCUUUUUUUAAUUAACGGUUGUACAUUACGUAGAUUUAUUUUUUAAAGAAACAAUCAAAAUAUACAAAAAAGCAUAUUUGAGCCUUAUAUGUGUGGAAAUCAACCGUUUAGCGUUGUUCUUGACAUAAUGGUUGCGUUGUGCAAUGAUCUUGAUAUACUACUGUUACCAGGGUUGGUGUCAGUAUUUUGCAGCGUCCCUAGGCAUUAUACCUUGGCCAGGAGGUCAAUGUGGGCUUGAUCACAGUCCGUUCCUCAUUCAAUUCCCUCUCACGGGUGAGUUGCUGAAGGCAGCAUGGUGGAGCCUGAUGCUCAGGUCUGCCCAGCACCACUGACGGGCUGCCCUAGACUGGAGCUGACUGUAGGGAUAAGAUGGGAGCUGUGGUCUGAUGCCUGACAUACACCUCUGGAUGUAACCCAGGCUGCUCCUGCUUUAAAUAGCUUAGGCUCUGUGGCAGUGAGCACAACACCCUCUCCACAGCACCCCCAAUUCCGUUAGCCCUUGCUGUCUCCUCCCCUUCUCAGCUCUCCCUCACCCUCGGGCUCCUCCUCUUCCUUUU